AUGGAUAUAGACAGCCGCCCUGUUGGCGGCGGAGUUGGUGCGAAGCCAUUUGAUGGAGCGGUGGCACCUGACGAGGACUUCCGGUCACGCCCUGUGAGCGAACUCGUGGCGCACAGCAACUGGAAAGCGCGAAAGGAGGGGUUUGAGAAGGUGCAACGUGCUCCCAUCGAAAACAAACAACUCGUUUUAGAUACACUAAAGCCGAUCGUGGCAGAAGGAAACGCUGUGGUACAGGAAGCAGCGAUCGAGGCACUAGCGGCUGUCUUGUAUCACUGUAGCGAAGCCGAACGUAGUCAACUAGCUGAACGGGCUCUCCCUUUCGUCAUAGAGAAAGGCAUCACCGGAAGACCGAAAGCCGCGCAGGCGGGCCAGAACUUUGUGAGCACGCUAGUGCAUGAAGGGUGUGCCAGAUCCGUCUUCUCGGCGCUAUUGCCGGCAUUUGCUCAUCGGGCGCCGAAGAACAGACUUGCUGCCGCUCAGCUCGCAGCUUCGCUUGUGGCAGACUAUGGCGUUCAGCACUUCCCGGUAAAGGAGAUUCUCAAGGCCAUGCAGCCACUCUUCAACGAUGCCAACGCACAGGUCCGUAAAGAAGCUGUGUCACUGUGCUGUCAAUGCUAUCGCUACAUCGGUGCAAGUAUCAAAGGUUUUCUUACCGACCUUCGCGAUGUUCAGUUGCAAGAGUUGCAGAAGCAAUUCGAGUCUGUCAAGGUUGGCGAAGCGCCACCGAAGAACAUCAAAGGGGCUCGCUGCGCUGAUAGAAACGGAGGACCCAGCACGGAGAAAAACGCAACCGUGAAGCCGAUUGUGUCGCUGACGGGUGACGAGGAAGGGUGCGUCGCCGAUGAUGUCGGAUUCCAGCUUUUGGAUGAGUCGCCUGUGAUCCCGAAGCUCCCCAAAAAGUUUUUCCGCAUCACCCUAGACAAGGAAACUACGUGGCAGAAGCGCGUAGAGUAUGUGAACGAGAACCUCCUCCCGCUUUUAGCAGCGCCUCGAUUUCGAGCGAAGGAUGACUACCACGAGCUUGCUAGCAUGAUGAAGGUGUACCUUGUCGAUCCACAGGCGCCGCUGAUGCUGUUGGGCUUCAAGAUGAUUCAGGAAUGCGCACGUGGUCUGCGCAGCGACUUUGGCCCUUAUGCUCGAACGUACGUUGCUCCGCUGCUUGACAAGUUAAAAGACAAGAAACUGAGCGUGCAGCUUCACGUCAUGAAAACGUUGGAGGACUUGAUUCACUUCAAUUGCGUUUCGAUGGAUCAGUGCAACGAGGAGAUUGACCAGGCGUUGCAGAGCAAGAAUCCGACCCAGCGUGCCGCGAUUGUCAACUUUUGCGUGCACAUGAUCGAUGUGUUGGGCGACAAAAAUCGCUACACCAAGCUUGGAAAAUCUACUGCUAUGCUGACGCGCCUCGUUAACGAUGAGAAAUCUUCUAUCCGUGAUAUCGCGUACGUGUUGCUGGACAAGCUCAUUCGAGCUAAUGGGGAAGAACAAUACAAAUCGGUGCUUUCUACGCUGGAUGACAACCAACGUCACAAUAUGGCCGCUGCGGUGGCUCGUGGAGCAUCCGGUGUUGGACCGCGGUCCACGGGUUCGCGGCCCGCGUCGAACCUCCCUACCCCGCCCGCUUCUGGUGUCUGUAGCGCGACUCCGUCUAGCUCUCCAGCGAAGAAAAUGCCACGGCUAGACGAUGUUGCUGCGGAGACCUCCUCUGUAGGGACCACGAGCCGCAUGCGCACCGCAUCGUCGGGCGCGGCGUCGUCCGCCGCACGUCGUCUUUCUACGUCGCACGAUGAGAGCGGCGAGCACGUACCGCGCACGUCCUCUACUAUUCCUGAGAGCACCCCGUUGGGUUCCUCUCCUGCGGACAAACUGUCUUUUAGCGCCCGUGCUGCGGCUUCGCGCCGCGCUGGCAGCGAGCGCCGCCCUGGUGGCGGCGCCGCCACCCCGAGCAAGAAUGCUCCGGAGGAUGGCAUAUCGUUGGAGUCCUCACUGCCUCCCAAAAUGGAGGCCGUUACGAUGAUCUUAGGGUUUCUGAACGGCGACAACGCGGUGCUGGACAUGGUGCGCUCCACGGAGUGGCCGCGUCGUCAGGAGGGCGUCACAAAGCUGUUGACGAUGGUGCAGCAAUGGACGCCGGCUCAGGCCACUCGUGGAAUGGACUACCUCGUUGUCUACGUGCGCGUGCACCCGUCGUUUCGUGAGCCUAUUUUUCAGGUCUUUCUUCUCAUCGCUCAGGUCUUUCAGGAGGCAGUACGAAAAGUGACGACGCUGUCACUCGGUGCCGGUUACGCCAUCGUGUCCGGUUUCACGCCUCGCCUCUCGGAGGCCAAAAAUAAGCCUCUGGUGCGGGAGGUGUGCGAGCUUGUCGCGGAGAAGCUGGGCAAGCGCUUUGUCGUGCGACACAUGCUUGAAACAGUGACCGUGGUCAAGACGCCGAAGCUGAUACAGGAGGUGUGCGAGUACGUGCGCGAGGCGGUGCAGCAGCAGCCGGACAGCGAGGAGUCCGACGCAGACGCGGUCGACGUGCGUGGCAUGUUGCACUUUGUUCGCGCCGUGUGCACCGACGUCAAUCACACCGGGGUGCGGCAAGAGAUGGUGCUGCUGCUUGCCGAUCUGCGUCGCACAUCACGCGGGACGCCGGCCAUCGACCGAUGCGUUGCUUCCCUCCCGCCACCGCUUCCAGCGAUGUACGAGCGCGAGAUGAGCAAGCCGGAUUCGUCGCGAUCGAACGUGCCGGCUGCCGGUGCGCCGUUGCCACCACAGCGGGUUAACGCAAGCGGCACCGGCUCUGCCGCGGCUCCGACGUCCGCGCCGGCAAAACGCGUGCGCACCUCCAGCCAAUCCCCGGGUCCUGGCGCUCGUGGGCGGGCAUCGGUGCCGUCGUCGUUUCACCCCCCAACGGCCCAUCGCCGCACCGUGAGCAGUGACGACGGCGACGCCCCGUUAAACCGACACUCUGUCGCGUUGCUCAACGCCAGUGGCGCCAACGCCCUCCCCUCUGCCCCGGCAUCGCGCCUGUCUACGAGACGUACAAGCUCUGCAGGUCCGUCACCGCGUGCCAGCUCGGCUGCCGGGACGGUGCCGCCAUCCUCGCUGCGCCCCAUCCUGCUCGAGAUCACCUCCGGAGAUGACUGGCGAGAUCGUCUCGCAGGCCUGCGCCACGCUGAGGAGUUUGUCGAAGAGACGCCACGUCCGCUGCCGGCAAACUGUGCCGUCCCGCUGCUCAAGGUUCUUCAAAGCCGUUUUGAGGAGGCCAACAAGAACAUCGUCGUGGACGUGCUCCGCUUCAUUCCUGUUGUCGUCGGGGCUUCUGUCGCGGGGGAGUGCGCCGCGGCGCUGCGGAGGCUCGCGCCAGGCGUACUGGCGAUGCUUGGAGAUCAGAAAACUGCGUUGCGAGAGGAAGCACGCAGUGUGGCUUUCUUAGUGAUGCGCGUGGUAGGACUUGAGCUGAUGUUGCCGCUGCUGCAGAAGCCUCUUGCAUCGGAAUCGAAUGUGUGCCGGCAGAACGUGCUGGAGAUGAUGGUGAGCGGAUUUGAGCAGCUGCCGCCGGAAGCGACGCUGCCGCGAGCGGGGACGCAGCUGCUCGCGCCAGCGGUGAUCAACUCGAUGAUGGAUCGCAUUCUCGAGGUGCGCAUCAUCGCAGAGCAGGUGCUUGGGUGGAUGAUCGGUGUAGUGGGUGAGGACUUCGUGCUUCAGUGCGUCCAGCGGCUCAAACCCGCCGAGCAGCAGGUGGUGAUGCCGGCCAUUGAGCGGCAGUUGGAGCACCAGCGUAGCACCGCUCAAGCGUCAGAGAAGCCUGAGCCGGAGCGUCGGGAGUCGCCGUCGCCAUCCGCGAACCUCAACACUACGCUGAACAGCUUGUGCGACAAUGAGGAGGGUAGCCGUACCACACCACGCAUGGCGGCGACAUCUCGAGCCGGCGCUGCCGCUGUGACGGUUGCUGCCGCAGACACGCCGCACCGCCGCGGGUCGGUGAACUCCCUCCGCGAAAGCCGGAGCAGCGCGCGGGCCGCGACGCACGCAAAGGAAGGUGACGGCGUCACGCAGCUGUCCACUACUGCGCUAGAGCGUACGGUCACUACGAGCGCGGCGGACAGCGUUGUGGCCACCACAGCUGCCCCGCCACGCGAACGAUCACCCGCAACUUGUGCAAAGAAAGAAGUCGCUGCAGGCAAGUCGGCUCCGGCUACAACGGGUGGGGCAGCAGAUCCGGCGAAGACACCCGACACGGUGUACGUGACACCCAAGAAGAAGGCAGCGGCGAAAGGGAACAACAGCACGACGGCGGCGCAGGCGCAGCUCCCGCCGACAGACACCGCGCCGUCGUUGCCAAGAGACGCCGUCGUGGCAGCAGAGAGCAAGCGAGAGAAGUACACAAUACGAGAAAUCCUCGUCGGUCUGCGUUCUGCCACGCCAGAUGUGGCGCAGACCAUGUGCGGCGACUUCAACCGCCACCUCCGCGCCGGCGUCGACUGCGGCACACCUGAAGUAAUUCAGGCAAUGGUGGAGCGCCUGUACGAGAACACGCAGAACUUCGACGUGGACCUAGCCAAGGCGCUGAUCGACUCGUUAACAGCGCUGUUCGAGACAUCAAAGUGCACCGCGCGCUGCCACAGCCAGUUGCUCCUUCGAAUUACUGGCGUUUUCUUCGAUUGCCUCUUGUCGGAGAAGUUCUCCUUGCAAGAGCCCGUCAUUAAGGCGUUGAAUGCGCUGACGCUGAAGAUGAUAGAAGGUUGUGGCGAAGACGACAUGUUCACUGCGUUGAUGAACCGCCUCUCGAGCUACUCCGGCGCGUACCUCGCGUCAGGACACAAGAGCGACCUCAAGUACAUUCAGGUGACCGUAAAGUGCAUCAUGCGGGUCGACUUGACGAAGGUGUCCGCAGACACUACCGUGGUGUACUGCCACGAGUACCUGCUGCAGCACCCGCCGAGUGCGUUCCGCAACCUGGACGACGUGUCCAUCCGCACCGUCAAGACCAUAUUGCAGAAUGCCACGAAGCGUCACGGCCCGUCCCUGCUGACGACCGCAGAGAAGCUGGUCGGCCCACAGAAUUUGGUCACCCACUUUAUCCGCGCCUGCCUCGACAUGCAGGAGAAGGCAGCGAAGGACAAGGGUCAGAACGAACAGCAGGUGAUCGAGGAGAGCCGUCACGAACAACGUGCCAGCCAAUCCCCCGCGCCUCCGACGAAAGAAGAGGGGACCGCUACUUCUGCUUCUGCUGUUGCAGCAUCGCCUGGUCUGUCCACCACCCCCCAGCGACGUACGACGACGCCGACACCGCGAAAGAGACGCCAAAGCGGGCACGUGGACCCGCAUGUGUCCGUGAAGGCGGCACCUGUGAGUCCAACCGCGCCAACAACCAAGCCAGGCGCAGCACCAAUCACGUCUCCCGUUUCUACUUCCAUUGCGACCGCCACCGGUGGAUCUGGCGUCGCGCGGACGCUGUCUCCACCGGCCCCGGUCACUUCGCGGCGGACUCCGGUCAAGGCGCGCCUGCGGCAAGGGGCGACGACGCCAAUCCACAGCGGGCGGGGCAGUGCCACCGCGCGUUCCUCGCCUCCUCCCUGCGUCACUCCUUCUACAACGACACCGACGAAGGUGAACAGCGGACACGGGGACGUUACGAAGGAGCUCACCGACGUUUUCGCGCGUAUCCGCAAUCACGUGACGUCUGCGGAUGGAAUUAGCGACCUGUACGGGUUUCUCAAGACGACACCGCCGAGUCGGUACGAGGACGCCUUCAAGCUGCAAUUCAAUCGCUGCUCAGAGGCGUUCCGGAUGUACAUCAAGCGGAAGCUAGAGCGCAAACUCGAGGAGGACGCGGCCAAGCCAGCUGACUUUCAGUUGCCUUCCGUGAUUCAGAACCUUUCGUAA